UACUACAACACAGAGCUUAACAUCCUUUCUUCUAAGUUCUAAGCCCUUUAGCUUCAUUGCAACUAAUAACAGAAUAAACAAAGAAACAAAAUGACACCCUCUUUCAAAUUCUCCCUAAAGAUUCAGAUUCUAACUUUAUACUUAACUUCAUUGCUUUCACUACAUUCCUAUGCAUUUACAUCGAAAGACUACACUUCAGCACUUGAGAAAUCCAUUCUGUUUUUCGAAGGACAGCGGUCCGGGAAGUUAUCCGGUGGCUCAAACCAAAGGCUCACUUGGAGAGGAGACUCUGCCUUGUCCGAUGGCUCUUCUUAUCAUGUUGAUCUUAGUGGUGGAUACUAUGAUGCUGGAGACAAUGUUAAAUUUGGUUUGCCAAUGGCUUUUACAACCACAUUAUUGUCAUGGAGUGUCAUCGAGUUCGGGGACGAAAUGGGGAACCAAAUUGAGCAUGCUAGAGACGCCAUUCGUUGGGGGACGGAUUAUCUUCUUAAAGCGGCUACAUCCACACCCGAAACAUUAUACGUUCAGGUAGGUGAUCCUAACAUGGAUCACCGGUGUUGGGAAAGGCCUGAAGAUAUGGACACACCGCGAAAUGUAUACAAAGUUACUACUCAACAUCCGGGAUCAGAUGUUGCAGCCGAAACUGCAGCUGCAUUGGCUGCAGCUUCGAUUGUGUUCAAGAGUUCUGACUCUUCUUACUCGAACAAAUUGCUUCAAACUGCGAAAAAAGUGUUUGAUUUCGCCGAUAAGCAUCGCGGUUCUUAUAGCGAUUCGCUUAAUUCGGUUGUUUGCCCAUUUUACUGCUCCUAUUCAGGAUACCAUGAUGAGCUUCUUUGGGGUGCUUCUUGGAUUCAUAGAGCCUCUGGGGAUAGUUUAUACUUAGAUUACAUUAAAUCCAAUGGCCAUACAAUGGGCUCAGAUGAUGAUAGCUACUCAUUUAGCUGGGAUGACAAGAGACCAGGAACCAAAAUUCUCCUUUCAAAGGAUUUCUUUGACAAAAAAGUUGGCGAAUUCCAACCAUUCAAAGCACACUCAGAUAACUACAUAUGUUCUCUAAUUCCUGGCACAUCAAGUUUUCAAGCUCAAUACACACCAGGAGGACUUUUCUAUAAAGGAAGUGAAAGUAAUCUUCAAUAUGUUACAACCUCAGCUUUCUUACUCUUAACAUAUGCAAAGUACCUUAAUUUAAAUGGUGGAGUUACCACUUGUGGAGGCUCAACAAUCACAGUUGAAAACCUUGUUUCACAUGCAAAGAAACAAGUUGAUUACAUAUUAGGAGAUAAUCCAGCAAAAAUGUCUUAUAUGGUUGGAUUUGGUGAAAAAUAUCCUCAACAUGUUCACCAUAGAGGCUCUUCUCUCCCGUCAAUUCAUUCACACCCCUCUCGCAUUUCUUGCAAUGACGGCUUUCAAUACUUGAAUUCUGGAUCCCCGAACCCUAAUGUACUUGUUGGUGCUGUCGUCGGUGGCCCUGAUAACCGAGAUAACUUCUCGGAUGAUCGGAAUAAUUAUCAACAAUCUGAGCCUGCUACUUACAUUAAUGCACCUUUUGUUGGUGCUCUUGCUUAUUUCUCAGCCAAAAAUUAGUGAUUCUAGCUAAGUUACCAAACUUAGCAUUUUUAGUAACAAAAAAGUUACCAAAAAUUAGUGUGUGUAUGGGGUUGAAGUGAAAAUAUAUGAAUAUUUCCUCUUUCCCAAAAUUAAAAUGAAUAUUCUAUCAAUUUCCAUAUAUGACAAUGAAGCCAAAAUAACUUUAUAUGUCAAGAUCAAGAAUGUUGUUUGGAAGCCAAGAAAAUACCAAAGAAAAUUGAAAUGUUAUGACUCUAUAUUUAAUGAACAUCACAUUUCAAUUGCA